AUGAUUUCCUCAUUCAUUAACUGCUUCAUCGUUGGUGCAGUUUUAGCAGCCGAAAAAGAAUCUAGAUCUGCCUACAUCAAAACCCGAGAGAACAAGCGUUUACAUGGCUAUGUUGUCAAGAGAAUUGAUUCUACGGAUGAAAUGUUGUGCAGUCAAGCAUGUUUAAGGCAUUCUUGGUGUACCUCUUCCAACUUCAAAGAGUCCUCGAGCAACUGUGAGCUGAACAAGCAUGAGUUCUCUCCAACUGAUGAUGGCACCAAGCUCACUGAUAAUCCAGGCACAACGUUUUCAAUGUUUCUUAAGGUAAGAAACACUCUGAAUUUUCAUUGCUUAGACAACAAAAACCUCCCUAACAACAAGAACUAGACUCCUGCACCCAGGCUAAGGCAACAACACGAUGUAUAACAAUUCCGUCUAAAUAAAUUUUAAUACAUAACUGUUCAUGCAUGCGAAGUUAAGUCAUGAAAAAAUAGGAAGUUGUUAAAACUGUACAGUAAAGUUGACUGGUUGUAAAAGGCGCACGCAUUUCAGUCAUAUGUUUCGUAUGGGAGCUAGCUAUGUUUUCCCUUUCCCAAACUUUUCAGUUCUGCAACAACAAAAUCAUUAUCGAAGGCAAUGUUUUCUUCCCUAACCAGAGGCUUACUUGCAAAUAAAGUUAAGAGAAGUAUAGAGUGCAAACAACUAUAGGUUUUAAAAAAGAGGAAAGCACGCUUAGAGCCGGCAAUUAAUCUGUGGAAUUUUUUGUGUUCAACAUUAGAUUUGCGUUGUGCCGUUGAAAAUGCUGUUGAAAUGUUGUUGUUGGUGGUGGGAUCAGUCUCGCUAUCUGCAAUUAAAUAAUCUGUAUGUAGUUAGUACGUCGCCGCCCCACGCCAGAGAAAGAGUAGCUAAAACAUAUAAAAAGGUGUAGGAAGUCUAUGAAAAACGAUGUCGGUAUAUCAUUUUAGCUUACCGAAGUAACAUAUGAACAUUUUCCUCAGGGCUGCCUAAUGGCUGGAUGCCUUAACGGAGGUUCUUGUUUGUUCGACGAAGGGAAAGAUGCGUUUGCUUGUUCAUGCAGUCCGCAAUGGAGAGGAGAAAAAUGCGAAAUGGGUAAGUCGAAACUGUUUUUGUUCCUUAAGUACGGUAGACAAUAUAGGGGAAGAGUGAAAGACGUAACCCGGCUGAAAACGAACCACACAACUUAAUUUUCUAUACUUAAAUAUACAUGGCAAUUCUUUUUAGAAGUAAGGAAACAGUUAUAAUCUGCUGGCAGGUUUCCUCUGGCAAUGUAGUUGAUAUAGUCCUCAGAAUUAAUUUACAUCCCGUGGAAUAUAAGAAAAGCAUGUAACCUAUGAGACUUUGGCGUUUACCGUUAGCCUUGAGUGUGGACAAGGCAUUAGAUCUGGCCAAAUUUUAUGUGACGCUCAAAUUAACGUAAGUGAUACCUAACACCUGGAUUAACCUAACAAUUACACACGACGGUCGUGUUAUGCAAAACAGUCGGUAAAGCGUGGCGUAAGAGUCGUACGGGCGUGUGAGGCGAGAGAAAACAACGUAUUUUUAGCGUCUCCCCCCAGUCUCGUCCUCUGUUUUCAGCGUCGUUCCAGACCUUUUGUUCGACUGCUUGCGCGCACUUGAACACGCAAAAAUACGGACUGUUUUGCAUUCUACCGUGUUUAAAGAAGAGAAUUUGCAUGCAUGAAUUAGAUAAUUAUUUUGCUUAAGGCUUUUUGGCGAAAAAACUGGUGGAUCGUCCGAGGAAACAGAUUCUAAAUAGAAGUGUAAAUUGUUUAAUAGUUAGUCGUAAAGAAAACAAAGUGAUAAUGGGCAAACUUGGCACAACUGUAUUUGCGCUUUUCUCUGUCGCUGUCGCAGUUCCAACCCAUGUUUGUUUGUCGCCAUUUCUGCUGCCCUAUGUUGCUGUUUUCAAGGUCAUUUCGCUUCAGUGUCGAAACUUAGCCCAACAGGGCCUCAAGAAAGUGGCCAAAACAAGUGUAUCGUAAUCAACGGAGACGCACCUGAUAAGGGUGAAACUAUACAAAACACCACUGUUGUUUGGGCCUGAUUGGUUUAAAGUCUGAAAAUAAAUAAAGAGAGAAUGAAAAUAAGACCACACCAUUAAUGUUUUGUAUGCGCCUAAUAAGCCUGCAUUGCCAGAAAAACUGAGUAUGGUCUCUCUCCUCCACAGGGGCCUCUUUGUGUUGUGGGAGAGUUCGCUGGGCACCCCCACGCUUUUUAUUUUUUUGAUUAUUGCUAUUCUUAUACAGAUACCCAGCAGGAGCCUCUGCAGAGGAGAGAGGAGUAUGGACUAGUCUUACAUGUCACACGUCUCCACCCCCUUAGCCGUGGGUCUCUCUCUCCCCUGCGCCCUUCACGGGUUAUGGGGAGGAGACGAAUGACAUUUCAGACUACCUAUGGACAUUUACGUUCAUCCGGGGAUUAAUAAAGGAGGUAUACAUAGAAAACACAUUUCCUUUUUUGUAGGUAGAUAGGGAAGGACAUAACGAGCAAUCCAUUUGUUUUACCAUGAAGUGCUGUGUCGUCUGGCUUAGCCACUUCCCUUAUUAUGGCACGCAAUCAAAGAAAACAGUUAUCAUCAAAAUGAUUUUCAAAUGAUUUUGUACGAAAAAUUUCAACAGACGACUGAAGGAAUAAUUCAUUAAAAAAUAUAUUCUUCUAAAUAAGUCAAUGCAUUCUAUUUAUUAUUUUGCAGACAUAAACGAGUGUGAGACAGGAAAGCGUCACUGCGACUCCAAUGCUUUCUGUAACAACACUAAAGGCUCCUAUAUUUGUACAUGCAAACCAGGAUAUAACGGAAACGGAGUUAACUGCACAGGUAAAAUAAAGAAGCGAAAACCCCCAGCCGAUAGCACUGAAUAACAUGAUAGGAAAGCAUUUCUAUUCAACAAAUCUUUUCGAGUUCCAUUAUGGUGUAUGUUACAUCUUUAGGGGUUCUUUAAAAUCGGUUCCAACAUGACAGCAUGUGAUAGGCCACUUGUUUAUGGUUGGCAUUCGAACAGGCUCACUUGUGCGAGUUUGGGGUUAUAGAUUUUAAUAUAUAACCCCCCCCGCUCCAAAAAAAAAAAGCAGUGGUGCCGUCAGCGGGAGCCAGCGAAUCCGGUGAUAAGAUUAAGGCCAUUAAACGUUAAAAAAUAUGUGCAUAUUCGGCAACAAUUAGCGGGAUUAGUGGUUUCUGUCGCGGGUUUUUCCAUUUUUUCAUGACUAUAUUUUGCUAUCUGCCGCAAAAAUCUCCUCGUGCAACUUUCUGUCAUUUUUGUUAACACUUUGCUGUGUUCCUAUUGGAUAAGAUCUUGACACCUCUUAAGGGGCGAAAUUAAAAAAAAAAUAGCCCGUCUGCUAGCGAUGGUGGCACAACCACCAAAACAACCCCAAACUCUCACAAGUAAACCCGCUCGCAGACUAGUUUAUCGUUUAUCUCGCGAUAGUCGUUACUUAGUUAUUCAUUCACAACGUUUCAAAGUGCGUACUUUUGGUCUUAAAUAGGCAAUUGUGUCGAGUGUAGGUGGGCUAAUACUUCCCCCGUAGUUGCUAGUGAUUAGCAUUACGAGCCCGAUUUAUGGUUGGUGGGUUUUCCACCAACCAUGCGGCCUGCCGAGUGGUACUAAUCGGCAGCUGUGUUGUCGAUGUCUGAUCGUGGUUAUCCACGCUUCUGAAAUCUCAACGGCUGUAAUCUCAAUGCAGAGUGUGAAAAUAAGACGAUAUCGUUAAUUUUUUGUAUGCGCCUAAUAAGCCUGCAUUGCCAGAAAAACUGCGUAUGGACUAGUCUGAAAUGUCACACGUCUCCACCCCCUAACACGUGGGGGCGCGUCCCUUCACGGGUUUGGGGGUGGAGACGAAUGACAAUUCAGACUACGUAUGGACAUUUACGUUCAUCUGGGGGUUAAUAGGUAUACAGAGAAAACACAUUUCCCUUUUGUGGGUCGGUAGGGAAGGACAUAACGAACAAACCGUCAGUUCAGUCUUCCAUGAGGAGGUGGAUCGUCUGGCUUAGCCACUUCCCUUAGAAUGGCACGCAAUCAAAGAAAACGUCGAUCAUCAAAAUGAUUUUCUACGAAAGAUUUCAACAGAGGAUCGACGGAAUCAUUCAGUAAAAACUAUAUUCUUCUAAAUAAAGCAAUGCAUUCUAUUUACUAUUUUGCAGACAACAACGAGUGUGAGACAGGAAAGCAUCACUGCGAUUCCAAUGCUUUCUGUAACAACACUAAAGGCUCUUACAAUUGUACAUGCAAACCAGGAUAUACUGGAAACGGCGUUAACUGCACA